AUGAAGAGGCCGGCCGCUGAGGAUGCAUCGGCCCCAGCGAUGCAGAAAGCGACGAGAAAGCCAGCCGCUGCGGACGUUGCAACCCCGGCGAUAGAGAAAAAACCAGUGAAGGUCGCGCAGGACGAGGCCUUGUCGGUCUGCCGCAGGUUAGAGAGUGGGGAGCUGAAGGUCGCGGACCUAGGGAAUUCGCCCGACACCAAGAGCUACGAUCUCCUCCGAAAUUUGGCGCCGAAGUGGAUCGCCUCCGAGCAUCAUCAGGAGGUCGUACGGAACCUCCAAGGGCGCUACCCCGGGGACCCGGCAUUUUCAGAGUUUGCGGAGGUCGUUGCUUAUGCGAUCGACGGCGGUCCCGUGUCGCACAGGCAGAUGUUCAAGAUCUUGUUCUCCGAUGCAAGCGAUAAGCGCUUUUUCAGCGUCGGUGUGGAGGACGGACACAUGAUCGGCGACUCUGCAAACCAGUUUCGGGAGUUUGUGAAGACGAAGUGCCGCCCUGCGGACUUGAGAGAAGCCAUGGCCAGCUCGCCUCUGAAGCUUCUGGAGAAUCUGUGGGUAGAGUUCAUCGACGCCGAGGGUGGCUCGCUUGCUUGA